UCAUUCUGUCAGAAUUCAUUUUAGUAAAAUAGCGCGGAAUAGGUGCAGUGCAAUAAAUAAGAAAAUAAUUUGUGAUUGUUUUUGUGUACAAAAAAAAUAAAAGAAAAUGUUUGAAGCUCGUUUAACUAACGCCACAAUUUUAAAAAAAAUAUUAGAUGCUAUUAAGGAUCUGCUGAACGAAGCAACGUUCGAUUGCAGUGACUCCGGCAUGCAGCUGCAAGCCAUGGACAACUCUCAUGUAUCGUUGGUGUCAUUGGUUUUACGUUCUGAUGGCUUCGAUAAAUAUCGUUGUGAUCGCAAUCUUACAAUGGGCAUGAAUUUGGGCAGUAUGGCGAAAAUCUUGAAAUGCUGUAAAAACGAAGAUACUACAACUAUUAAAGCACAAGAUAAUGCAGAUACUGUGACAUUUGUAUUCGAAUCACAAAAUCACGAAAAGGUUUCCGAUUAUGAGAUGAAAUUGAUGAAUUUGGAUCAAGAACACUUGGGUAUACCAGAAACAGAAUACGCAUGCGUUAUACGUAUGCCUUCGCUGGAGUUUGCACAUAUUUGCCGCGAUUUGGCACAAUUCAGUGAUACUUUGGUCAUAAAUUGCACUAAGGAAGGUGUUACUUUCUCGGCAUCUGGUGAUAUUGGCCAUGCCAAUAUUAAACUGGCACAAAGCUCAAAUGUUGAUAAAGAGGAAGAGGCGGUUACCAUUGAAUUGCAAGAACCGGUUACGUUGUCUUUCGCUUGUAACUAUUUGAAUGCCUUCACAAAGGCCACUCCAUUAUCCACCCAAGUUCAAUUAUCCAUGUCAGCGAACGUUCCGUUGGUUGUUGAAUAUCGGAUAACUGAUUUAGGACAAAUUCGGUACUAUCUAGCACCAAAAAUUGAAGAUGACGAUAAUUAAUUUUAAUUAAAUAUUUAUAUUACAAGUGGACUGGAGUUUGGUACUACAAUUUAAGUAGUAUCUGCUCUUUUUUUAUAUUUUAUAUUAUAUAC